UCCACACUUCAUGAAAAGGUGCUAAAUCGCAUGACUAUAGAGACAAUGGACUGAUUAAUGUCAUAGGUGGAGAAUGCAGUUUACACCCUGCCCUAAGACCAUGCUGAUUGGAGCAAACACUUUGGGGUCAGCCCAGAGAGAAACGGUUAAAACCCUCUGACACAAAGGAAACUGGAAGUUCUCGUCAAUCAACAGCUUCAGGAGACUUUGUCGUCCAUUGAUAUCAAGAGAGACAACGACGCAAGGAGGGAAUCCCCAUCUAAAGCAAUGCAAACGCAAAUGGAGUACAAAGUGACCGUGGCUACAGGCACCUUAGAGUUCUCAGGUACUACUAACUAUGUGUAUGUGACUCUGGUGGGGGAGAACGGAGAGAGUGAGAGGACGCUGCUGGACAAACCAGGCCUGGAUCUGUGUAGAGGCGCAGUUGAUGAAUACAUAGUCCAGAGCUCGACUCCUCUGGGUCGUGUGCUCCUGGUACGCUUGGAGAAGCAGAAGUACUUUGUGGAAGAUCACUGGUUUUGCAGUUAUGUGAAAGUCACACCACCAGAAGGGGAAAACACACAAACCUUCCCCUGCUACCGCUGGUUAGUGGGGGAUAUUAAAAUAGAAGUCCGCGAUGGCACAGCUAAAAAACUAUGUGAUGAGAUCUUGCCUCAGGAGCUGGCUCAUAGAAAGGCACAGCUGGAGGAGAGACAGAAAACCUUCCGAUGGCAAACCUGGGCUCCAGGAAUUCCCAAAUGCAUAGAUGCCAAAUCACAGGCAGACCUACCCCAGGAUGUUCGCUUUGCCAAUGAGAAGCACUGUGACUUUGAAACAUCACUUCAUUACGCGAUUUUGCAUCUGUCUCUGAAGCAGCUGGUCAUUUCAUUUGGGAGGUCGUGGGAGGAUCUGGAUGAUUUCAAACAAAUAAUUUGGAAAUUACGGAGUCCCAUUGCUGAAUACACUAUGGAUCACUGGAAAGAGGACUGGUUUUUUGGCCAUCAGUUCCUGAAUGGGUUAAAUCCACGGAUGAUCCAGAGGUGCAGGAAACUACCCUCCAACUUCCCUGUCACUGGAGACAAGGUGCAGGCCUUCUUAAGCCCCAACACCACCCUGGAUAAAGAGCUCAAGGCUGGGAAUGUAUACCUUGUUGACUAUGCUAUAAUGGAUGGCAUCCCUGAGAAUGUUAUCAGAGAGAAGAAGCAGCAUAUAUCAGCUCCUUUGUGUUUACUAUAUGAACAUCCAGACAGUGGCCUCAUUCCCAUCGCCAUACAGCUUGAACAGAAUCCUAGUAAGGACACACCCAUCUUCCUCCCUAAUGAUCCGCCUCUGGCUUGGUUACUGGCUAAAAUGUGGGUCCGUCAUGCUGAAUUUCAGGUCUCUGAGGUGCUGUCGCACCUGCUGCGAACUCACCUUAUAGCGGAGGUGUUCUGUGUGGCCACACUGCGUCACCUCCCUGCAGUCCACCCUAUAUACAAGCUGCUCACUCCUCAUCUGAAGUACACUCUGGAGAUAAAUUGCCGUGCACGCACACAGCUUAUCUCUCAUGAUGGCAUCUUCAAACAGGUGGUGUCCACAGGUGGUGACGGGCUGCUGGUGCUGUCUCAAAGGGAGUAUAAGGUCCUGACCUACCGCUCUCUCCAACCCCGUUGCGACUUCACAGACCGUGGCGUUACUAAACUCAAUAAAUACUUCUACAGAGAGCACAGCCUGAUGCUCUGGGACGCUAUUGAGAAGUUUGUCUCCAGCAUAGUGUCUCUAUAUUAUGGAAGUGACAGUGAAGUAGUGCAGGAUUCAGAACUGCAGGCGUGGAUUAAGGAUGUGGUUGAGGAAGGCUUUGCAAAUAUCCCCUACUUUGGGCUGCCUAAUGAACUAAAGAAUAAACAGGAGCUGAUCACACUUUUGAGUGUGGUAAUCUUCACCAGCACUGCACAACAUGCAGCAGUCAACAAUGGACAGUUUGACUUUUGUUCGUGGGUGCCCAACACACCUUGCAGUAUGCGCCAGCCUCCACCCACAGACAAGGACAGUGUCACUAUGGAGUUGAUCAUGAAUACACUCCCGGAUGUCAGCCAGUCAUGUGUGGAGAUGGCAAUCACAUGGCUUUUAUCAAGAGCUCAGCCAGACGCAAUACCUCUGGCACAGUAUGAGGAACAGUACUUCACUGAGCUGGCAGCCCAAAAGAUGAUCGACAACUUCAGGCAGGACCUGAAGGACAUCGAGGUGGACAUUCUGAAGCAGAAUAAGGGUCUUGAACCACCGUAUCUCUAUCUGUGCCCUAGCCAAAUAGAGAACAGCAUUACCAUAUAGAGAGGCUUGAGAGAAAUUCUGCUGUAUUUCAAACAAGCUUCUCAAAAUGUCCCUUUCAAAAUGUCUAUAGAACAAUACACUCCUAAGUUACAGAAUCUUAUUGGUGAUUGUUGUAAAUCUACACUCACUGUCCACUUUAUUAGGAUCACCUGUACAUUCAUGCGGUUCGCUAAUCAGUGACUCAGGUGGCAGUAGCACAAUGCAAAAACCUUCAAUUAAUGUUCACAUCAAACAUGAGAAUGGGGAUAAAGUGUGAUCUCAGUGACUUUAACCGUGGCAUUGUUGUUGGUACCAAAUGAGCUGGUUCGAGGAUUUCAGAAACUGCUGAUCUCCUGGGAUUUUCACACACAACAGUCUCCUGGGAUUUUUUCACAUACAACAGUCUCUAGACAGUCUCUGAACAUUCUUUACACGGAACAGUGCAAAAAAUAAAAAUAUCCUGUGUGCGGAGGGUCUGCAGGCUGAUACACCUUAUUGAUGAGAGAGAUGAGAGGAGAAUGACCAGACUGGUCACCGAAACUGGACAGUUGAAGUCUGGAAAAAGAACAGCUGAUCUUUUUUCUAAUCUUCAACUGUCCAGUUUCUGUGAGUCAGUGCCCAUGAUAGCCUCAGAUUCCUGUUCUUGGCUGACAGGAGUGGAACUCAGUGUGGUCUUCUGCGGGUGUAACCCAUCCACCUCAAUGUUGAAUGUUUUGUGCAUGCUGAGAUGCUUUUCUACUCACCCCGGGCGUAAAGAGUGAUUAUUUGAGUUACUAUAUCCUUCCUGGCAGUCUGGUCAUUCUCCUCUGAUCUCUCUGAUCAACAAGGCGUUUCCACUCACAGAACUGUCGCUCACUCAGUGUUUUUUGUUUUUCGCAACCAUUCUGUGUAAACUCUAGAGACUGCUGUCUCUGAAAUUCCCAGGAGUUCAGCAGUUUCUGAAAUACUCAAACCAGCCCAUCUGGCACCAACAACCAUUAAAGUCACAGAGAUCACACUUUUUCCCCAUUCUGAUGUUUGAUGUGAACAUUAACUGAAGCUCUUAUGGAAAAUGAUUUAAUUUCAUACCUUUAUUAAUAGGUUAAUCAUUUAUCUAUUAUCUAUUUCUUAAUUAUCCUCAGUUAAUCCUUCAUUAUAAUCCAUAGUCACAAAAUUUAGGUGGGUAAUCCGAAAUCUAGUGUAUCUGCUUCUUAUCAUUUAGACUUCUUGUGUGAGAAAGCAGGAAGAUGUCCUUGAAACAUUUAUUAAAAGGCAUAGAGGGAGGCCUACUCUAACAGGACUGAUUUAAGAUACCUGCAGGAUGAGAAGCUACGGUCAUGUCAUGUCUUUUUAUGUGUCAUGAAUAAGAUAGGCUUGUGACCUGAGGCUUAGAUGAAGUAGUUCUCACAAGUAGUUCUCACAGUCCUAGUAUUUUUAGAUUUUCUCCAUCUGUGUAUUUCCUUUCCUGUUAAUCAUGUAAUCAUUUAUGAUCAUUCAUGUUAAGCUGAACUUUAUUUGACCAAUAAGCAUGAAGUUCUUAAGUUCUUCUGAAGUUUCCUGUAACCAAUCAUGAAACACUAGCCCUGUGCAGUGAACUAUAUAAUUGAACACUUUGGUCGCUGGAGUUCUUCUCCCUGGCCGUGACAAGAAUAAACAUAUUACUCUGGAGUCAACUGUGUCUCUGUGAGUUUGACUUCUAUUUGUCUUCAGAAGGUCAUAUAUUCUACGACACUCUUGACCUGUAUCUGCAUGAUUUUAUGCAUUGCGCUGCUGCCACAAGAUUGGCUGAUUAGAUAACUGCAUGAAUGUGCAGGUGUACCUAAUAAAGUGGAUGGUCAGUGUAUACGCUUCAGAUAUGUUCUUCUUAUGUUGUACAGAUUAUACUUUCAAAAUCAAUAAACUGGAUAUAAAUAAAACUCCGUAAUGCAUGUAACUUCCAAGAAAAGAUAGCCAGAGAUAUUAGGAACUACAAAGAUGUUUAUUCCUGUAAAUAAAUAAGUGUUACAAAUAAGAUACUAGAUUUUUAACAGUUUAUACAAAAAUAAUAUUCACACAAACAAUUGUCGUUUCUACUUUGUAUUUAUGUAUAUACUGUCCCCUCUGAA